CUGAAAACAUAUAAGUUUCCGACAACUGAGCGGUUAAAAGACAGACCCAACACAACACAAACAUCUUUUCUCUCUCUCCACCAAAUCCCACUUUCUGUUUCUCCGGCGAGUCCAUGACGGCGGCUUCUAAAAACAACCACCAACCCUCUUCUUCCCGGCCACCCAAAAACCCCAACCCUAACUCAAUUCCAACAACAGCAACAUUAAAUAACUCCCAAAAUCAAGACACCAACCCUAAUCCUUGUACUAAUAAUUCAUCACCACCGUUAAUUCUAUCGGAACAAGACAAUUAUCUGUCACGCGCCACCCAUCUCACGCGCUACGAGCUAUUAAAGCGGCGGUCUUUCAAUCUAAAACAGCUGUCAAAAUGUUACAAAGACCAUUACUGGGCUUUAAUGGAAGACUUAAAAGUUCAGUACAGAGAGUACUACUGGAAGUAUGGUGCCAGCCCUUUUAAAGAAGAUCAACAUCCCUCUCUACAGCAACAUAAUUUGGAGAGAGAAAGUGGUGGUAUUUUAGAGAGAGAAAGCGGCGGCGGCGGCGGCGGCGGUGGCAAUAAUGUAAAUAUUGAAGUAAUUGGAGAAAAUAAUAAUAAUAAUAAUAAUGGUAAUUAUAGUGGAGUAAAGGGUGAUUUGGAAGUGAAGAAUAGUAAUAAUAAUAAUAAUAAAAAUAGGUGUUUGUUUGUUGGAUGUAAGUUAAAGGCAAUGGCUUUGACUAGUUUUUGUCAUCUUCAUAUUCUGUCUGAUGCCAAGCAGAAGCUUUAUAAGCCUUGUGCUUAUGUCAUCAAGAGUGCUCAGGCAGGGCCUAUAACAUGUGGAAAGCCAAUACUGAGAUCAAGUGCUCCUUCGCUAUGCACCGUACACUUCCAAAAGGCUCAGAAGCAUGUAACACGGGCUCUGAAGAAAGCAGGUCUUAACGUUUCUUCAUCCAGUAAACUAGCUCCUAAGUUCCAUGUCAUAGUGGCAGAAUAUGUACAUCAAAUUCAAUUCAAAAGAAGAGCUGCUAAAAGGGCAAAUAGAUUUAAAGGUUCAGAUAAGGAUGCCAGCACUAGCUAAGCCAUUUGAUCGUGGAUAUGACUGAUUAGCAAGCAUGGCAUUGUAAAUUUUAGCUAGAAUCAAAGGAUUUUUUCAGGUGAUGAUCUUGCUGCCAUAUGAGAUGUGACUAGAUAGUAGUGCGAGGGUUUCUAAUGUGUAUCUAUAUAAUACCAACCACACGAAAGCCAUUUGUUUUAAAGUUUGUCUAAACAACUGGCCUUUUCGAUGAGCCUGCUAGAUGUUCUAAUUCAAGCCCUUGAACUUAAACUGUCAAGAACAAUGGAAAUCGUUUGCUUAAGCUUAUUGUAGAGAGCGUUAUUUUGAA